GAUUUGCUUUUGAUUAUUUCUUUUGCUUUAAAGUGACAUUUGCCUAACGUUACUUUCUCUUGAUAAUUAAAUGUUAGUAUGACAGUUAGUUAAUUGUUUGUUACUCUCCUUGGACCAGGUAGACCUUGUGGUCAUCUUGUUGUUCUCUUUUUUCUUUUUCCUUCUCUCUAACUGAAUCAAUUCACUGCAGACUUGAAAUCUUCUCAUCUGUUUAUUUUUCAUCUUUGUUUUAGUGUUUAUCCGUUGGUAUUUUCGUUAAAUUUGGUUGAUCAUUUCAUCAAAUCAUUUGACAUUUAACUUGAUUUGACUUGUUUUUCAAAUUGGUUGGUUCCCUUUCCAUCAAGUGUCAACUAGCAAAAUCCCAAAGGAAAGACAAUUACUACUGAUUCCAUUUUCCUCUUAAUUGUAUACUAGUCGGUUAAUCAUCUACUUUGACAACUCCCUUCACCAUUUACCUUAAUCAAUGCAUGUAAGCAGUUCACCAUCAAGUAAUGUUGGCAGUAGUGGUGACAAAAGUGGAACCACCGGUGAUUCUGGUCCAUCAAAUGGUUUACUUUACUUAACCUUUAAUCAAGAUCAAACCUGCUUUGCUUGUGGUAUGACCAAUGGCUAUCGUGUCUAUUCAACUGACCCAUUAAAGGAACAGAAAAAGUUAACACCUAAAGAAGGAGGUUUCGGUAUUGUUGAGCUUUUCCUCCGAUCAAAUUAUGUGGCUCUUGUGGGUGGUGGAAACAAACCCAUGUAUCCCGCUAACGAAGUUGUCAUUUGGGAUGAUUUGAAGAACAAAUCAGUGAGCCAUCUCAAAUUUUCCAGUGAAGUUAAAGCAGUCAAAUUACGUCGAGAUCGAAUCAUUGUGGUACUUGAAACUCUCGUAAAGGUUUAUGCCUUUGGAAAUGUUUCUCAAGAGAAAAACGUAUUUGAAACAUGUUCCAAUCCGAAAGGUAUUUGUUCAGUUUGUCCACAAGAUAACAAUUCAUUAUUAGCAUUUCCAUCUCGAAAAAUUGGACACAUAAGUUUAGUCGAUUUUAUCAAUGCCGAUAAACCGAUAAUUGACAUUUCUGCUCACAAAACGCCUUUGAGUUGCAUGGCUUUGAAUCUGCCAGGAACAAGACUUGCAACGGCGUCGGAAAAGGGAACAUUGAUCAGAAUUUUCGAUACAACUACUGGUAACAUGUUGAAUGAACUGAGACGAGGAGCAAAUCAAGCAACUAUUUAUUGUAUCAACUUCAAUUUCAAUGCUUCUCUUUUAUGUGUCUCAAGUGACCACAGUACUGUCCAUAUAUUUGCCGUUGAUGCCAAAGAAAAUAAGCAAUCGGGAUUAUCUUCAGCAUCAUUUUUAUCCAAUUAUUUCAGUUCUAAUUGGAGUUUUUCAAAGUUCUCUGUGCCAGUUGGUUCUAAAUGUAUCUGUGGUUUUGGAGCUGAUCCUAACUCGGUGAUAGCAAUUUGCUCCGAUGGAAGUUAUUACAAAUUCAUUUUUAAUUCUAAAGGCGAAUGUACCAGGGACAGAUAUGCACAAUUUUUAGAAUCAAAUGAAGAUGCUACUUCAUCAUAACCUCGAAUAUACUCUAAUUAUCCUCUUCUCUUCCUCUGACUACUUUUUGUCGUUAUCGUCAAAUCUUUUGUAUUAUGGUAUUUGGUCCAUUUGGAAAACAAUUUGUAUUAACUAAACAACUUAAAAUAAAUUCUGCCACCAAUCGUUUAA